AUUUCUUUCCCUGCAAAUAUAAACUUUUUAUUUGCAUAAAAAAAACAAAUCGAAGAAAAAAAAAAAAGAGAAAAGAAUAAAAAAAUAGACUAAAAAAGACCAAGCAGGAAAAGAUUAAAGCAGCUAAAAAAAAAAAUCUUUGCUUUAAAUUAUGGAUAUUCAAGGCUUUAUUCCACCAGCUACAACAGCACCAGAAGAUCACUCUGUACUUUCUUACAAAGAAGCCUCAUCAUCCGAUCGUCUAAACUUGCCAUCAACUUCGGAAUACAAACCACCUUCUAUGCACACCAUCUUGCCUACUGUUGUUGAGGAAGACUACAGUACAAACAGUCAAGCAAACACUCCCCCUCCUGCUCUUCCUUCUUCUUCUGGUAGUGCUCAUACAGUAACCCUGGUUCAUGAUGAAACAAUGCCUUCACAAGAAAUCAUGGAGGAAGAAGAAUACGAGGAAGAAGAGGAUGACGAUGAAGAGAAUAACCGAAACACUUUGAAUCCUGCUUUAUUGUUGAAUAGAUAUGAUAAGCGUAAGAGUAGUCCUGCUAUUUUAGGGUUACCAUUUGGUUUGAAGCAUGAAGCACAACUGAGUUUACAUCUAUCACAACAAAGAAAUUCAAUUGAAGCAGCUAUGCUUUUGGCCAAUUUUAAUAAGCUUAUGGCUUUUCCAAAAGCAAAUGAAAAUGAACAUAAAGUUGUCCUCCCACAACAGCAACACUGGCAAGAUGAUAUGUCAAUUCCUUCACAAAACAAGUCUUCUUGGGUUGACAAACUACCUACUGAAGCCAAUCGUCGUCAUUCUUAUGAUGUUAAUAUGAGCUGGCAAACAAUGCCCGAGUCGUUCUUGGAAAGACCUGAUCUUUUGCACAACAUUCAUCAAUCUACGAAUUCAAUCAACGCCACCAAUGCUUCUAUUGCUGCUGCCCAUGCUGCCACUGCUCCUUCUGCUUCCAAUGUACCUGUAUUUAAACAAGAAAGCUUCUAUCAUACGCCUACCAAAGUAAGCUGGAGUCAUGAUGAUUUGCACCCUUCACAUCCAUUGCCUCCUCACCACCCUCACCAUCCUACUCAUCCUUACAGUAGCAGCAGUAGUACAAGCAGUAGUUCUGUAGAGUAUGUGAAUCAUCCCAUUUCGCCUCGCGGUCGAAUGUAUCAUCCCAACAUGAGCUCUCCUCUUGUGUCUCAUACGUAUUCUCGUUACCCUCAAGAACAACACCAUCCUCUUCACCCAGGCAUUCCUGUAUUGCACCCACUUGCUCGUCAGCCUGAGAUGAACAGCCAUGGCAAUAGUAUGAAACGCGAAUUAGAUCCUCAUCAACACCCAUAUUACACGUAUACUUUUCCUCCUCAACAUCCAAUGCAACCCCCUCCUCCUCCUCCAUCUUCUUCCUCCUCAUCGCAGCAACGGUAUUAUUAUCCUGCUAAUGGCAAAUUACCGCUACCCUCACAACAAUCCAUGGAUCCACAACAACAAAUAUUACUUGCACAGCAAAUACAUCCUCCACCUCAACUUGUUUCAAAACCAAAGCGUAAAAAGCAAAAAGUAGCACAACAUGAAGAAUACGAAGAAAUACUAGAAGAAGAGACAAAUGAAGAAGAUUAUCCUGAAAUGUCAACGCGUGAUAUUGAAGCAGCACGGAAUGAUCCUGAGGCAAGACCUCGAAAACAAAAACUUCGCUUUGUAGGUGAUAAAUAUACACCUCAAUGGGUAAGAUAUAAUGGUCAGUCAAAAGAAGGUUUAUGUGACACAUGUAAGCCUGGUAAAUGGUUACAAUUGAAGAAUAGUGCUUAUUGGUAUCAUAAACAAUUCUUUCAUGGUAUUUCAUCUGUUUCUGGCAAGGAAUUUGUUCAACCUCUCGAGACACGUUGGGUUGAUCAAGACUUGGUAGAAGGCUUGUGUCAUCAAUGUCAUACCUGGGUUGCAGUAAGCAAUGUUAAACGAAAGAAUAGUGUGCUUUGGUAUAGACAUGCACAUAAAUGUCAUGUUUAUCAUAAACCAAAGCCUAAUGUACCAAAAAAGCGAUAAUCCUAUUCUUAUAUGCUUAUAUGACACAUAACCUUCUCUCUCUCCCUUUCUCUUUUUUUUAGAAUUUAAAAACUUAUGAAAAAAAAUCCCUUCCUCUCCUCUUUUUUUUUUUUCUUUUUUUACAAACGUACGCCACAUCCUAUUACACACACACACACACACAAACACACAUAUUCAUGCACACGCCCUAUUUUUUUUUUUAUUGUCAGUAACUGUUGUAUAUAAAAUAAUGCCAAGUACUUUUUUUACUUUA